GUAACCUUCCUUCACCGCCGUUAAUUUCUCUUCCUCAACCGGAUUUUCUGUCCGAAACGACGUCGUUUCUUAAGUCUAUCGAAACGUUGACGUUUUAUUCUUCUUCUUCUUCUCACUUUUGAUUCUCAAAAAAAAACCCUAAAUCCUCGCUUCUUCUUCUUCUCUUGGUCCUUGCUGCAGCUUUAUUCAGGAACAAACCCACUAAUUGUUUGUUCAUUACUCGUGAAACUGAUUUGAAUUUGGGCAUGAACUUUCUCAUCUUUGUUUAAGUGUAUGUUUGAUCUUAGUUUAUUCUAAGUGCUUUUUGCUUGUGGAUAAUGUGAUUACUCUCUUAAUAAUUAGCUGUUCAGAACUAAGAGAAGAUGAAGAUUGCCAUUGAAGGCUGUAUGCACGGAGACCUUGACAAUGUGUACAAGACAAUUCAACAUCAUGAACAGAUUCACAACACUAAAGUCGAUCUCCUCCUUUGCUGCGGUGAUUUUCAGGCUGUCAGAAAUGAGAAAGACAUGGAUAGCCUUAACGUACCUAGAAAAUAUAGAGAGAUGAAAUCUUUCUGGAAGUACUACUCCGGUCAAGAAGUUGCUCCGAUUCCCACAAUUUUCAUCGGUGGCAAUCAUGAAGCUUCUAACUACUUGUGGGAAUUGUAUUAUGGGGGUUGGGCUGCCACCAAUGUAUACUUUUUGGGUUAUGCAGGAGUUGUGAAGUUUGGUAAUCUACGAAUUGGAGGCCUCUCGGGUAUCUACAAUGAGCGGCAUUACCGUUCAGGACACUUCGAGCGGCCACCGUAUAAUGAGAGCACCAUCAGAUCGGUCUAUCAUGUUCGUGAGUAUGAUGUCCAGAAGUUGAUGCAACUUGAAGAGCCGCUUGAUAUAUUUCUCUCACAUGAUUGGCCUUUUGGAAUUACUGAUUAUGGAGAUUCAGAAUCACUUAUGCGGCAAAAACCAUACUUCCGUCAAGAGAUCGAGGAGAGAACUCUUGGAAGUAAACCAGCAGCUUUACUGCUGGAAAAACUGAAGCCUCGGUAUUGGUUUUCAGCUCACUUACACUGCAAAUUUGCUGCUGCUGUUCAACACGGGAAUGAUGGCACAGUGACAAAGUUUUUGGCCCUUGAUAAAUGCCAACCAGGGAAAAAGUUUUUACAGAUUAUUGAAAUCGAAUCAGAGCCUGGACCUUUUGAGGUCCUAUACGACGAAGAGUGGCUAUCAAUAACACGAAAGUUCAAUUCCAUUUUUCCGCUAACAAGGAGAUACGCAAACUUCAGUAGCGCUGCUGGAAUGGAUAUACAAGAGAGCCGUGAGUGGGUGAGGAAGAAGCUAGAAGAAAGGCAAUUUAAAUCUUUUGAGUUUGCAAGGACAGUCCCAACAUAUAACCCAUCACAACGUAACUUUGAUCCCAUACCUGAGAUCCCACAGAAUCCCCAGACAUUGUCUUUGUUAGAGCUCCUUGGUCUCCCAUAUAUCCUUGAUUCAUCACCAGUAACAGGGGAAAGAACUAAUAUCCAGGCUUCACUGGCUCCAUCAGAUCUUCCGAUGUAUGAUAGCGAAGAAAUCCCAAUUGAUGACAUUGAUGAAAUAGAAGAGAUGGAGAAAGCAAAAGCGGACGACCCUACGAGAGACGAGACAUGAAUCUCUCCAUCCUAGUGGUCAGAAUCUUUCUUUUGCUAAUAUCUGACUGCUUAAUCGACAAGCUGGAAAAACCACAUUAGUGGGGAUUCUGUGAUUUAGAAAAUCAGGCUCAGACUUAUUUUUCUCAGGAUACAGUUUAUUUGUGAUUGUCUGAUAGAUACUAAAGAAAAGUGAAUCAUGAAAAUGUAUCGAAGACAUAAAAAGUUAGAAAUCAAUGUUCAUCCAUUAUUCGAGAAA